AUGCUAGCAGUACGAUGCUACAGAGCACGACUGCUAUAUCCAACUUUAGCCAAAAGAUGGUCAAUAAUAACUAUACGACAUAAUUCAACGUCUAAUCUGAACAAGAGAGAGACAAUCCAUCUCGCGAUUAAUCUAUUAUUCCCUGGUUUAGGUGAUCCUCAAUACAGUGAACGAUAUGAAGCAGUUAACAAACAAAUAGAGGAGGCAUUUUUAAGUGAAGACAACGCAAAGGUAUGCAAACACCAAUGCACUCUUCAAAAUACAAGGAUCGACUUCAAAGGAACCAGAAGAGAGUAUAAUUAUUUGAAAAAGUUAAUUGACACAAACAAGGAUGCCUUGACUGAUCUAAACAAGCAGCUUAGCAUGUUAUCGGUGGAUAAUUACAUUGAUAUGUCCAUGACAUGCAAUGGCUACAGCACAGGGUUUGAGUCUGAAGAUGAAUUUUAUAAUGAGAUAUUGGAGCUUGAUAAGUUUGACCACAAUGCUGAGCUCAAUCCGUUAAUAUUUUGCACAAAUUCAUACGCCAUAGAAAGAUGUGCCAAAUAUUUAUUCGCAAAACAGUGUGAAACACGUGGAAUCCAAUUACAAUUGUUCAAAUUACGAAGAAUCGGACAAGAAGCUUUGAAAGUAUAUUGGAAUGUUUAUCUAAAAAGGGAUUUGAAGAUGGAGGAGUUAAAUUUUACUACACUUGUGACUGCCACUGGUUUAUUCAACCUGUUGAAUGGUCGUGUUAGAAACCUCAUCAAACGCACUAUACAUAAUGACCUUCAGUACAGCUUUAUAUUUUAUCAGUAUUUGGGUCUAUUGGUUGUGAAGAAUGGAGAAUUAUCAUCACAUUUCAUUCAUAGCAUGGCACGGUUUCUCGAAGAUUAUAAUAAACCAAAGAAUGCUUAUCAACUUAUAAAGUUGCCUACAAUUGAACAGGUUGAUGAUGUUGAAGCUACUAUUGCUAACUUUCAAGAGGACACAGCCAUACUGAAGAAGUUGAUUCAAUUUGCUGAAUACACGAUCAAAUUGAUAGGUAAAAGAACUGAAUUGCUCCAAGGUCACGUUCGUCAAAGGAACAACUCACUCCUUUUAGUUAAAAAGAGUUUUCCUGAGUUAAAUGAAGAGACAAAUAUGGCAAAGUUGGGGUACUUGAUAACCAAGAAUUACAAAAAGUAUGCACUUGACUUGUUGGGAUUUGCUGCACCCAUACUCAGCUUCGGCACUAAACUUCAUUUGGUUAAAGUUUUCGCAAUGUCUAAUUUUGAAUUACCAGUAAUUUCUAACAAUGCUCCCAAAACGAAGUCUCCAUAUCAAAUUCUACCGCCUAUUAUGAACUCCAAUUUAAUCAACAGGAUUCUACUUUUAAGUAAGCAUUUAUACUUCGGAAAUUCGGAUAAUGGAAAAUUCAUAACACUGACCAUUCGAAAUUUUGAACUAUUUGGCCACAUAUCGUAUUCGUACUUUACUAGAUUAGCCUUGGAGAGAAUGGAAUCAACUACUUUGAUAAAUACCCAAUUGAAAAAGCUUGGUGACAUGAUUGAAAGCCAUUCAUUUAAAUCAUAUAUCGUUGAUUUGAUGAAAUUUUUCGAAAAUCAAAAGGAGAGGAAAUCGUAUAUGCUGGGUAUUGAGACGUUGAAAAAGGAACAAUUACUAUCACUUAAUCAAUUUAAUCUGAUAUUUGCUUGUUUAUCAGAGGAGCAAAAGGAAAAUUGGUGUCACGAGUUAGUUACAAAAGUGGUAACUGUGAUGUCACAAUUGGAUUGGCAAUACAUCGAUGAAUUUUUUGUUGAGUUGAGAUCACAAUUGUUGAAACGAAAGGAAUAUUUAAACACAUUGUCUUCUUCUACGUCAAACAAAACUACAAAUGCAGUUUUAAACAAGUUGCAAAAUGUGUCGGUGUCGUUCUCAAAAAUGGAUGAUUCACUUUACUAUAAUUUAGCGAUUGAAUACGUGUCAUAUUUAAACACCAAAUAUCACAUAAAUCAACCAUUGGGGUCAUAUAGACGAUGGAUUGGCUUGUUUGAAGAAAAGCUACUACAAACAUAUGGAUUUGACAAUGUGACUCGUCUUGGAUAUCUAUUGAAUGAUAUAAAUGAUGAAUCAAUUGGAAUGGAAAUAGUACAGGACCUAACAACUAAGGAGGAGGUUAUGGAUAAGUCAUUCAUGGGUGUUCAACUAGACAAUAAACUUAAAUUUCGUCUUGGUGAACCCCAAGCGCCAUUUUGGAAAUACAAAUCGAGCCAAUUGACUCCCCCCAAACUCAAUCUUGAGUCUACAAUGAACAAGUUUCUUUUGAUUAAUUAUAGAGUAGCAGCUGAGUUCUUUCAAAGGAUGGAAAUAAAACAACCACGAAUUCUCGAGACUAUUUUCAAACAUGGUGAUUUUGGAUACCGAUAUUACAAAUUUGUGCUUCUUUACUUUUUAACUGAGUCGAAAUUGUCACCAACUGUUCAAGAAUCAGUGUUUAACCUCUUUUCAGACACGCUUUUUAGAAAAAAGAUGAAUUAUGUCACAGGUGUGGUGAAUCCAUUUAUUGGUGAUUUAAAGAUGAAUCACACUUAUCAUACAUUAGUAGCCAAGUUCAUAACCUCAGAUAACCUUGACAUUUAUUACCAUAAUCAAGCUUUCAGUCAGUUCAUAGCUAUGCAGUAUGCCAGCAACAAGGAUGAAUUGAAUAAAUGGAUCAAAGGGUUGAUUGAGCCUUUAAUUAAACAAUUGGAAGAAUGUGAAGACGAAUAUGAUAGACAAGCUGUACUAUUCAGAUUUGAACAGGCUUAUCAAAAGUAG